UGACUGUGAGAAGCUGGAAAUGUCCCAGUGAUCCUGUAACUGCUGGGAAGUUUCUCCUGGGCUCAUGAGUUACAAUGAAGAUGAGGAUUUCCUUCCACUCGCAUUGUGCCAUGGGCAACCCCUCUCUGUCCAGUUACCUCCUUUUCUUUUUUACGGUCCAUGUUUCUACAUUGGAAUCAGUGAAUUUCAAGGUGAUUGGACCUGAUCAUCCCAUCAUGGUUUCUGCAGGUGAAGAUGCCCUGUUACCCUGUCACCUCUUCCGUAACACAAGUGCUCAGAAGAUGAAGGUGCGCUGGUACCGAUCCAAGUUCUCUGAACCUGUCCAUCUGUAUCAGAAUGAAAAAGAUCAGGCUGAGCAGCAAAUACCAAAUUAUCAGGGCAGAAAAGAGCUGCUGAAGGAUGGUAUUGUGGAUGGAAGCGUUGUCCUGCGUAUACGCAACAUCACCCCCUCUGACCAUGGGCAGUUUAUCUGUUUCUUCCGAUCAAGCAGAUUUUAUGCAGAAGCCACUCUGGAACUGAAGGUGACAGGUCUGGGCUCUACUCCUCGCAUCUCUAUCGACAGCUACCAGAGUGGAGGGAUCCACAUGGUGUGUGAAUCUGCUGGAUGGUACCCAGAGCCCCAGGUGCAGUGGAGAGACCACAGUGGGCAGCACUUACCAUCCCUGACAGAAAAAAUAACUCAACAUGAUAAUGGCCUAUAUCAGGCACAAAUUUCCAUUAUUUUAACAGAAACUUCCAGUCAGGAUCUGUUCUGCUCUGUCAGGAACUCCCACCUCAACCCAGGGAAAGAGUCUGUGGUCUACAUCGCAGAUCCAUUCUUCCUGAGGGGCUACCCCUUUAAGGUGGCUAUGUACAUAUUCCUGGUUGUUGUGGGUUUGCUCACUUUCACAGCAAGCUACUUCUUCCAGAAGCAACACAAGGCAAAAGCGGCGCAUGUUGCAGAGAGAGGGAAACUUGUUGCUGACCUUGAAAACCUCCAGGUUAAGCUUGGAACGCUCGAGGCUGAGCUUAGAUGGAGAAAAACUCAAGUAUAUGGAGAAGUGAAAGUGACUCUGUAUCCAUGCACAGCUCAUCCUGGGCUCAAGCUGUCUGAGGACCAGAAGACUCUAUGCCUAGUGGACCCCAACACUGUGACAUGGGAAUCCAAACAUCAGGAUCUGCCUGACAAUCCCAAGAGAUUUAACGAAGUUUUCUGUGUGCUGGGUUCUGAGGGAUUCACUUCAGGGAAAAUUUACUGGGAAGUGGAGAGGAUGGGGAGAAUCUGGGCCAUAGGGGUCGCCAGAGAGUCUGUGAGGAGGAAGGGACAAAUCAAAUUUACCCCCGAGGAGGGGAUCUGGGGGAUAGAACAGUCCAGGGGUCACUACUCAGAUCUCACCACCCCUCAGGACCCCCUGCCACUGCGUCAGACACCCAAGAAGGUAUGGAUCUAUGUACACUAUAAAAAGGGGCAAGUGGCAUUUUUCAACCCAGAUAAUGGUGAUCUGAUCGCCAAUCUCACAGCUUCUUUCAAUGGGGAGAAAAUAUUCCCCUUUUUCUGGGUCUGUUCCCACCUCACACUAACCACCUGA